AUGGUUAGCACCCAAAAUGCAAGGAUGCAUCGUUUCAUUGGUGGACUUGGGGAUCAUUUGAUUGGCUCUUGCACCAUUGCUGCAUUAAAUCGGGAUAUGGAUAUUGCAAGACUUAUGGGAGAUGCUAGAGCCUACUCCAGUAGAGGUCCUCCCAGACAGGCUCAAUCACUAGACCGCUCAACUGCUAGUGCCCCAGCUCAGUUAUCGAGACCCAGGCAAUGUGGCCGAUCUCAUUUGGGAGAGUGUCGAUAUGGAUCUACCGCUUGCUAUGGGUUUAGAGUUGAGGGUCAUAAGAUACGUGAUUGUCCGAAGCUUCGAGUGGAGGGUAGAGGUGAUAGGCCACAAUAUACUAGCACUGCAGGAUCAUCCUCAGCAUUAAUGCCUUCUUCAUCACGUGGCACUCAACCACCAGUAGGGCGAGGUACAGGCAGAGGUAGAGGAUCUAGUUCUGGAGCUUGCCCAAAUUGA